UGGGCUCGAAGGCGCGCCCUUCCGUCGACAUCUUGGCUCAAGCGGUCCAACGAGCGUCAGCGGAAACAUCCGGGGAAUCGCGCGCACCUCGGCGGCCAUUGCGGCUCUGCGUCCGGCAGCUUCAUAACCUUGAGAAGGCGGAGCGUCAGCGCGCUGGAUUGGAGUAGCAGCGGAGCAGGAGGAUAGGCGCCGAGGCAACGGAGAGCUGCAGAAAACCGUUACACGGCAGCGCUGCUUUACCUCACCGCUGUAACGGGAGAUCAGGGCGUGUACCGGCGCGUCUAACGGACAAUGAUGAGCGCGGUCCGACGGGACCAGGAGCGGCGGCGGCGUUGAGCGCGUUUUUUAUGUUUGAGGAGGAUCGGCGGGAUCUCGAGCGUUCAGUUUUUUCUCCGUUGACAUUUAUUAUUUGAAGCGGUAGAUUCCCGGAGCGUUGCGACCUGAAUCCCGGAGCGUUGAUUUUCCCUGACAUCAUCAUCAUCCUCGUCGCUCGGUGUGAACGGACAUCUUCGGCGGUCGUCGACGGGAAUCCGGGGCAUUUACAGGAUCCCGGUGUCGCCGCUCGGAUUUUGACGUUCGCGGCGCGUUUCUGAGGGACAGCAGAUCUUUUCCCGCGGAUCUGUCGGCGGGAGUAACGGUAACGUUAUGGCUGACGACGACGUGCUGUUCGAGGAUGUGUACGAGCUCUGCGAGGUGAUCGGGAAGGGUCCAUUCAGUGUGGUGCGAAGAUGCAUCAACAGAGACACUGGACAGCAGUUCGCUGUGAAGAUUGUAGAUGUGGCCAGUUUCACCUCCAGCCCUGGACUCAGUACAGAGGAUCUGAAGCGGGAGGCGAGUAUCUGUCACAUGCUCAAACAUCCUCACAUCGUGGAGCUGCUGGAGACCUACAGCUCUGACGGCAUGCUCUACAUGGUCUUUGAGUUUAUGGAUGGAGCUGAUCUGUGCUUCGAGAUCGUGAAGAGGGCUGAUGCUGGCUUCGUCUACAGCGAGGCGGUGGCCAGUCACUACAUGCGGCAGAUACUUGAAGCCCUGCGCUACUGCCACGAUAACAACGUCAUACACAGAGACGUCAAGCCUCACUGUGUCCUGCUGGCCUCUAAGGAGAACUCGGCUCCUGUUAAACUGGGCGGCUUCGGCGUGGCCAUUCAGCUGGGCGAGUCAGGGCUGGUGGCUGGAGGUCGGGUAGGGACCCCUCACUUCAUGGCUCCUGAAGUGGUCAAGCGAGAGCCGUACGGGAAGCCGGUGGAUGUUUGGGGUUGCGGGGUCAUUCUCUUCAUCCUGUUGAGCGGCUGUUUGCCUUUUUACGGCACCAAGGAGCGUCUGUUUGAAGCCAUCGUGAAAGGAAAGUACAAGAUGAACCCGCGGCAGUGGAGUCAGAUCUCUGAGAGCGCUAAAGACCUGGUGCGACGCAUGCUGAUGCUGGACCCAGCCGAGAGGAUCACCGUCUACGAGGCGCUCAACCACCCCUGGCUCAAGGAGAGAGAUCGCUACUCGUACAAGAUCCACCUGCCCGAGACGGUGGAGCAGCUGAGGAAGUUCAACGCUCGGAGGAAACUGAAGGGUGCCGUCCUCGCUGCCGUCUCAAGUCACAAGUUCAACUCGUUCUACGGAGACCCUCCUGAAGACCUCCACGAUUUCUCAGAGGACCCCACGUCUUCAGGUACGUCCCCCGUACCUCGUGGAGCUCCGUCCAGUCAUCUCUGGAUCUCUGCUGGUUUAUCAGUCACUCUAACUGAACUGUGUGUGUUUCAGCUCUACGAUAAGAUUAACACGCGCUCGUCGCCCCAGAUCAGGAAUCCGGCCAGCGACGCCGUCCAGAGAGCCAAAGAGGUGUUGGAGAUGCUCUCCUGUUAUCCUGAGAACAUGGAGGCAAAAGAGCUGAAGAGAAUCCUGACUCAGCCUCAUUUCAUGGCGCUGCUGCAGACUCAUGAUGUUGUGGCUCAUGAGGUUUACAGCGACGAGGCGCUCCGAGUGACACCUCCGCCCACAUCCCCUUACCUAAAUGGAGACUCGCCCGAGAGCAUCAACGGAGACAUGGACCUGGAGAACGUCACGCGUGUGCGCCUGGUGCAGUUCCAGAAGAACACGGACGAGCCCAUGGGCAUCACGCUGAAGAUGAACGACCUGAACCACUGCAUCGUGGCUAGAAUCAUGCACGGCGGGAUGAUCCACAGACAGGGGACGCUGCAUGUUGGAGACGAGAUUCGUGAAAUCAACGGCAUCAGUGUCGCCAAUCAGACGGUGGAGCAGCUGCAGAAGAUGCUGCGGGAGAUGCGAGGCAGCAUCACCUUCAAAAUUGUGCCCAGUUACCGCAGUCAGUCUCUGUCCUGUGAUAAAGAGUCCCCUGAUCUGCCCAGACAGUCUCCUGCGAACGGCCACUCCAGCAUCACCAGCUCCAUCUUAGAUCUGCCAUCAACUAUCCAGCCCAAAGGAAGACAGAUUUACGUUCGAGCGCAGUUCGAGUACGAUCCGGCUAAAGAUGACCUGAUUCCCUGUAAAGAGGCCGGCAUUCGUUUCCGGGUGGGUGACAUCAUCCAGAUCAUCAGUAAGGACGAUCAUAACUGGUGGCAGGGCAAACUGGAGAACACCAAGAACGGCACGGCGGGCCUCAUUCCCUCGCCGGAGCUGCAGGAGUGGCGUGUGGCGUGUAUAGCGAUGGAGAAGACCAAGCAGGAGCAGCAGGCCAGCUGUACAUGGUUCGGCAAGAAGAAGAAACAAUACAAAGACAAAUACUUAGCCAAACACAACGCAGUCUUCGACCAACUAGAUCUGGUGACGUAUGAAGAGGUGGUGAAGCUGCCGGCGUUCAAGAGGAAAACGCUGGUGCUGCUGGGAGCUCACGGCGUCGGCCGGAGACACAUCAAGAACACUCUCAUCACAAAACAUCCCGACAGAUUCGCGUACCCCAUCCCACACACCACCAGACCUCCGAAGAAGGAUGAAGAGAACGGCAAGAACUACUUCUUCGUGUCACAUGACCAGAUGAUGCAGGACAUCUCCAACAAUGAUUACCUGGAGUACGGCAGCCACGAGGACGCCAUGUACGGCACGCGCCUCGAGACCAUCCGCCAGAUCCACGAGCAGGACAUGGUGGCCAUCCUGGACGUGGAGCCGCAGGCGCUGAAGGUUUUGCGGACGGCUGAGUUUGCACCGUAUGUCAUCUUCAUCGCAGCACCGACUAUCACUCCGGCGAUGAACGAGGACGAGUCUCUCCAGCGGCUGCAGAAGGAGUCGGAGGCGCUGCAGCACUCAUACGCGCAUUACUUCGACCAGACGAUCAUCAAUAACGAGAUCGACGACACCAUCCGCCUGCUGGAGGAGGCCAUCGACCUGGUGUCCAGCACUGCGCAGUGGGUGCCGGUGUCCUGGGUCUACUAGCCACACACACACACACACACACACACUGACGGACUCUACAUCCAGUGUGUAGCGUUGUAUAUAUCUAUACAUAUAUAAAUAUCUAUAAAUAUGAAUAUAUAAGUCAUAGAUAUGGUCCUGUACUAUUAACAAAGGGGUUGAUGACAUUUUAUACGGUUUUCUUUUUAAACGUACGAGACGGCGUCUCAGAGCAAUGAUGAGCACAGUCAGCGGUGGGGGAGGAGCCAACACCCCAUUAGCCCCCACCCCGUGGGCGUGGCUACGUGACUCCGCCCACUGGCCUGCAGUAUAUAAGCACAGCUGACCCUCUCUCUCUCUCACACACGAGCACUGAUUGCACGGACGGACGUUGCAUCCACCCCUGUUUACAGAUGUAGGUUUGCACAAAGGGCAGCAGAGCCCAGCGCUCUUCCUCGGGCUGCUCCUCCUCUUCUAGAUGUGUGUGUCGAGAUCACCUCCGAGCGGACGCUUCCCUCAUGCCUCGUGUAGUGACGUGUUUGUAAAUUGUCCUGGGUUUGAUUUCUCGUGCGGAACGAGGAGGAAAGUAUCCAUUCCUAGAUCGAUCAUUUCAGAACAUGUGCUGUCUUAAGAGUAUUAUUGUUUUACUCCGAGAAAACCGAGAGGAUGUAAUUGUGUGUAAAUGUUUCAAUGGUGUGUACAUUUGCGGUUGAAAUGAAGUAGUGUGUGCAUAAACCACUGAACAGACUGUGAACUCUUCAUUUCAUAUGGCCCUGUGUAAAUCCUCUGCAAAUGAUGAAACUGCUCUUCUGUUUGUUUGUUCGUUUUUUUUUAAUCUAUUUCCUUUCAUGUGUUGAAAAAGUAAAUUGCUUUUGAAAUCAGA